UUAUUUUCUUCAUUCUGUGUGCUCUCUUUGCGGCUCUCCCAAAGAAAAAACUAAACACAACAGUUUCAGGACAAUCUUUCUCUUCUAUAUCUUCUCACAGUUUCACUCAAAACCCUAAAAAAAUCAAGAUCUAUCCAUUUCAUGGAAACCCUACUUAUCAAUAUUCUUUCUUGGAUUACAUAUCUACUCUGUUCUUAAUGCAGACAAAACCCAUUCAGUUUUAAUUCUUGAAUUUCCAUUUUUGAGCUCAAAUUUCUUCUCUUUUUGUUCAGCCAUGGAAGAGAGGCACGUUGUGUUCGAGAAAUAUGAGAUGGGGAGAUUACUAGGCAAAGGAACUUUUGCCAAAGUUUAUUACGGCAGAAAUAUAAUCACCGGAGAAAGUGUGGCGAUUAAAGUUAUCAGUAAAGAUCAGGUCAAAAAAGAAGGAAUGAUGGAGCAAAUCAAGCGAGAAAUUUCUGUUAUGAAAUUAGUUCGUCACCCAAACGUAGUCGAGCUGAAAGAAGUUUUAGCGACCAAGACUAAAAUCUUUUUCAUCAUGGAAUACGUUCGCGGCGGCGAACUUUUCGCUAAGGUCGCUAAAGGUAAACUUAAAGAAGAUAUUGCUCGUAAAUAUUUUCAACAAUUAAUCAGCGCAAUUGAUUUUUGUCAUAGUAGAGGCGUUUCUCAUCGAGAUUUAAAGCCGGAGAAUCUGUUACUCGAUGAAAAUGAAAAUUUAAAGAUUUCUGAUUUUGGUCUCUCGGCUUUGCCUGAGCAAUUACGCAACGACGGAAUGCUUCACACGCAGUGUGGAACUCCGGCGUAUGUUGCGCCGGAGGUUCUUAGACGAAAAGGGUACGACGGAUCAAAGGCUGAUAUUUGGUCGUGUGGUGUUGUUCUUUAUGUUCUUGUUGCUGGUUUUUUGCCGUUUCAGGAUGAGAAUGUGAUGAGAAUGUACAGUAAAGUUUUCAAAGCUGAAUUUGAAUGUCCGGGUUGGUUUUCUACAGAUUCCAAACGGUUAAUCUCUCGGCUUUUGGUUGCUGAUCCAGAGAGAAGAGUUACAAUUCCCGCGAUAAUGCGAAAUCCUUGGUUUCGUAAAGGUUUCAUAAGAUCAUUAUCAUUUCCUGAUUUACAAUCAAAUUUAGAGAAAACAGAAGAGCAAGAAGAUGAAUCUUUAUCAGUGAUUACUAAAAUUCCGUCUCCGAAAUUCUUCAACGCUUUUGAAUUCAUUUCAUCGAUGUCUUCCGGGUUUGAUUUAUCAAAUUUAUUCGAGAACAAGAGGAAAACAGGGUCCAUGUUCACUUCAAAAUUUUCAGCCGGAGCAAUUAUGACGAAAAUUGAAGGCGUCGCUAAAGGAUUGAAUUUUAAGGCGGCGAAAAUUAAAGAUUUUAAAGUGAAAUUACAAGGGCCAGACGAGGGAAGAAAAGGGCCACUUUUGGUGACGGCGGAGGUUUUCGAGGUGGCUCCGGAGGUGGCUAUUGUUGAGCUGUGUAAAUCGUCGGGUGAUACUUUGGAGUAUGCUAAAUUUUGUGAAGAAGAUGUAAGGCCUGCGUUGAAAGAUAUUGUGUGGACAUGGCAAGGAGACUCUGUUUGUAACGUUAGUGACGAAAAACAGUUGUUGUUAUAGAUAGACUAAUCAUGAAUUCUUAAUCCUGAUUAGGGAUUCAUUUUCUACUUAUUCUGUAAUUAUGUUGUGAUUAGUGAUUUAAAGCAGGGUUUUGGAUAUAAAAUAGAGAAAGUUGAAUCAA